AUGUACCACAGUAAGGGCAGGGGGAAACCAUGGAACGGCGCGAAGUCACGGGACCAUGCUGAUAGGGAAGGUGAUAACGUCGUAGUUGAAAACAUCACGGAAGGACCAGCGGGGAAGUCAUCAAUCACUCCGGUCAACAUGUGGAAGCGCUCGUUAUCUCUCUCGCGUUUGUCGGGGUGUUCUCCUUUGCAAGGGAGCCGCUGUCUCAGUUGUCAAUUCCGCAAUCCUGCCGCCGCUGCUCUUCUCCGUUCGAGGUUAUCGCUACGCUACUACUCGAGCCCGAGUCAGAACAACAGCAACGAGUCUACUCCCUCAAAGCCGUCUGAUCGAGUCCAAUUCAACCAGAACCCCUCUCCAUCGCAACCAACCAAACCCAAUGAACAGGACUACACCCCCCGCGCCCUGGACCGCCCAAUCGGUUCCGUGAUCCCACCUCAAGAAGGCCAAAACACCGGCCUUGACGAACGGACCCUCAGACAACGACGAGAUGACUUUGUCAGCUACGAUAGACACAUCGAGCGGCGGAAGGAAUUGACAAAACAAGUCGCAAAGCCCUACUUCCGCGAAUGGACCAACAUGCGCUACCAUGAAGGCAAAACCUUCCUCUCGAACCUCCGUCUCUUCAAACGCGAUAAAGCCCUCUACUUCCCCAAUAUGUUCGGCAUCACGCUCGCCUCCCCCAAACAGCCGCAAAACACGACGUCGCUCUUCCGCGGCCGGAUCUCCAUCGUGAAUGUGUUUUCGAGUGUCUGGGCCGAGACUCAGGUUGCUACUUUCACCAGUGAGAAGCACAACCCGGGUCUUUAUGAGAUAUUGAAUGGUGUGAAGGGGGGUGUGGAAGUUGCGCAGAAGGUUGAUAUCAAUCUGGAAGAGAAUAGGCUCAAGGCGUGGUUGGUGAGAAUGUUUAUGUGGCAGAUGAGGGGCAAGUUUGCGAAGGAGCAGCAUGAGCGGUAUUUCUUGGUGAGGAAGGGGGUUACUGAUGGGAUCAAGGAGAGCAUUGGCAUGAUGAACAGCAAGGUUGGGUAUGUUUAUCUGUUGGAUGAGAACUGUCGCAUUCGGUGGGCUGGAAGUGGUCCUGCUCAGAGACCGGAGAUUGAUGCUUUGAACAAUGGUGUCAAGAGAUUACUCGAAGAGAGGAGGAUAAGCAAGGAAUCCAAUAUGCCGACAGAGACUUGGAGGGCCGCAGAAAAGGCCAAACCCAGGGUCAUUGUAUAA